UCAUGAUAAGACCGCCAAGAGAGCAAGAUGGCGAUAAAGGGAGUCCAUAUCAAAGUCAAACAUUCGUUGGGAGAAUAGGGAGGGGGGGUCAUAAAAAGCAAAUAUUGAAGACAAAUUAUUUAAGAUAUCAAAAUAACAAUCUAAAAAUUAGAAUCUUAUUGCUUUAUCUACCAAAUUCAAUCGAAAAUAUAAGAGCAGCUUCCCCAAAUCAGCCGAUGGAAAUGAAUGCUUUCACACACUUGUCAUCUUAGCAAAAAAUCAUAAUUAUUUCCCGCAAUUUCUUUUUUUCUGUCAUUCGUUCCCAAAGCAGAGUCGGACCUAGCUUCUAGAGACUUCUUAGGAGACUACAGUCAACUAAAUUUGAAAUAUUUGCCACAUUUUAUGUGACCUCUCGUCAACACGGACAAAUUUAGAUAUUUGGCCAUUUUUAUUUGCCAUUAAAAACGAGCGUCUUGGUUUUUUAACAAAUGCAUUUGCCGCAUAAAAAUUUGCUCAAUCUGAUUAUGUGCACACGAACACGAGCAUAGCAAAUAAAAUUCACUACAUUACACCUGCUACCGUAAAGCUGCUAAUAGGGCUCCACAUUACCACUCACAAAAGAAAUAAUUAGAUUUUUAAUUACUGCAGGUUAGCAAUCAGUUUGUCCGUUCAGCUGGCAGCAAUGGCGGAAUACAAUGUCUCUUGCUUUUUCUACACAAGAUGGGUCCAGGAAAGCCAAAUAACGCAGACUGAAUUUGCAAUUGUCGGCGUGUUAAACGGACUCACAAUUCUUCCUGCCGUCGUCCUGAAUGCUUUGGUUCUCAUCUCGAUCUGGAGAGCACCAGCGUUUCACAUACCGGCUAUGGUUCUAUUGGGUAAUCUUGCUCUUUCGGAUUUCGCCGUCGGCAUCAUCGCUCAACCUGCGAUUCUCAUAUGGUCGACUUUAGAGUUUUAUGUCAACGAAUGGCCUGAAACUUACUGCCGUAGUGCCGUUGCCUUUGGUCUCACAUCAUCAAUGUUCGGGGGCGUUUCGCUACUUAGUGUAACUUCAAUUGCCAUCGAUCGAUUCCUCGCGUUACAACUCCAUUUACGCUACCAAACCAUCGUAAAUAUGAAGCGAACGGUUUAUAUUUGUGUCGUGAUUUGGGUCAUAUCCUUUUCAGUUCUAGCUAUUUGGUAUUUCAUUGGAAUUACGGCUUAUAACAUCUUGACAAAUUCUUUCAUUUUGGCUUGUGUGGGCAUUGUUUUUUUCAGCUACUUUAGAAUCUACAAAAUUCUUAGAAAGCAUCAGAUUCAAAUUCACGCUCAAGAAAUGAACUUUUCGACGAAUUCCUCCAAUGAUUCAGCAUCAGAAACAACAGAAAGAAGCAUUAACAUCAAACAGUACAAAAAAUCCGUUGUCAACUCUCUCUUGGUUUAUUUCACGUUUGUGAUAUGCUGUACUCCUUGUUUUUGCGCUCUGACAUAUUUCGAGAUCACAAGGGACAGCUAUUUAUCGCCAAAGCUUGUGAAAAUAUCCACCUCGCUUGUCCUGGUAAAUUCUGGAAUAAACCCCGUGAUUUAUUGCUGGAAGAUGAAGGAACUACGUACAGCAGUAAUGCAAACUUUAGAAAGUAUACAGGAUUGGCUUGGACGAAAGAAGAUAAAAACAACUUGCGAAAGAAGAACUAGUUUGACAACCGUGGUGGAAUUUUAAAAAGAAAAACUCUCUUGUAUUUUAUUAUUCGUGGCCUAUUGAUUACAACGUAGGUUUUACUGUACCGUGAUUAAACAAAAAGGAAAUGGCAACCGCGGUGAUCCUUGUUUCUAAAAUUUGUUUAGAUACUAAACAGAUACUAAUCAGAAACUAAUCAGAUACCAAAAAUAAACUAAUAGCAGGGGGUAGGGGGUAAUUGUUGAUAACAAAAA